AUGGCGGACAUCACUCCCGUCGAAGAGCCCGGAAGCGUGACGAAGAAACCGUCGUCGGCCGUUGACCGGGAUUCAUCGAAAAUGAACUCCAGCGGCAAGCCCUGGUGGCGCGACUUGAGCGUCCCGCGCCUGAGCGUGCACGACGAACCUGUGUAUGGGUUGAAGGUGUCGAAGACGUUCAACCUGCGUGGACACGACGUGGUGGACAAUAAGACGAGCGUCACGGUGGGCGCGAUGGCAGAUUAUACCUCCAAGCAGGCGCACUUGUUCGCCAAGUGCGAGCACAUGCUGGAUGACUCUGGAAAGAUCGCGAUCGACGUCACCGGGGUCGAGCUUCAAAAGCAGUUCGACGCCCUGGAAGGUGUGCUCCGCGCGGACGUGAACAUCGGCGCGGGCGUGAGCUGGGACGGGAAGCCGUACAUUAACUUUGACGCCAUGCCGAAAAGCGCGCUGAUGAAGGGCGUCGGUCUCGCGACUGCGAUUCAUCAGGGGCGAUCGAUCGACCUUCGACCGACGCGGCCGUUGAACGAGACGCUCAGCCUCGAAGCGCCGUUUUCACUUUACCGCGACGGCUCGGAGCUGAACGUUCAGGUGCACGGCGUCAUCGGAGCCGUCAGCCUUCCCAACUCUGACUUUUACAUCACGAGAAGAUGA